ACUCCUCUUGACAUAAUGUAAAUAGAGCGCCGGAAAUUUUCCGUUUUACUUCAUGAAAAAUAAGCUGUGAGUAAAAUAUCUCAUUCUCUGAAAUGUCGCUAGACGCCGUGAACAAGACCAUGAAUGGAACACAGCCAUGGAGCUGCAAACAAAUAUAUGACGCUGCAGCAACAAAGAUCGGAGUAACCUUUGUUUACUGCUUAAUCUUUGUUGUUUCGUUGGCCGGAAACACUUUCAUCGCAAUGGUUGUCUUCAAGACGAACACCAUGAGAAAGCCCAUCAACGUUUUAAUCGCAAACAUGGCCAUGUCCGAUUUGUUGUUUCCGAUUUGCCUGUUCCCGCGAAUUGUAACGCGUUUGCACGUCGACUCCUGGUUAGUCAGUGGUCGUCUUGGCGAGGCCUUGUGUAAGCUGCUUACAUUCUUAACCGAUGUCUCCGGUGCUGUGUCAAUUCAGAGCCUGGUCCUUAUCGCAGUGGAUCGAUUUCAAGCUGUGGUUUUUCCUCUCCGUUCUCCUCUGAUCAGUUCAAAGCGGUGCCCGUUCUUCAUUCUCGCCACGUGGAUGGUUGGGAUAGCUACCUCCACCGCAUAUCUUUUUGCCUACAAGCUUGUGAAGAAUCAGGGUCGGUUUGUUUGUGAGCUACGGUGGAAAGAAGCUUUUGGAGAGUCCUCGUCGUUUGCAAAUUACAUUUUACCAAUGACUUUUGUAUUCUUUUACAUCCCGUUACUAGUGAUAGCCAUACUCUAUCGCCUCAUCUACUUAAAACUCAAAACACAGGUGAUUCCAGGCGAGCAAACGGCCAUUGCUAUACAACAACGACUGACAAGGGAAAGAAAUGUGCUCAAGAUAGCCAUUGCUAUUGUGUUAGGGUUUGCAUUAUGCUGGUUGUCCUACAGUUUCGCUUCCACUGUGCUCUUUGUAUUUGGUGGCACACAGCAGUGUGGUUUCGUCUACUUCACUUCUGUUGCCGCAGUUAUUGCUCACUCAAAUUGUGCUAUAAAUCCUUCCAUCUGCUUUAUUUUCAGUCAAAAUUAUCGACAAGGUCUCAAGAAUUUUUUAACAAGGUCUUGAGCACUCCAGUGCAAGGAUCGAAAAAAAGAAAACAAUCAACUGAAAUUGGUUAAACUGAACAUGUCUGCAAUUGGAUAAUCUAAGCCACUUGUCAAAAAAUAAUAAAAUUUUAAAAUAUGAUGCAUGCAUGGUGAUAUAUUUCUGCUCAGCAAUUGUCGCGAAUUAAGUCGAACGUAGAGGAUCAAGAAAGAUUUAAUUCAUUUUAAUUUAACAUCCAAUGUAGGUUCUCUUCAGUUGCCUAGCAAACAUCAAUGAAGACUGCAAGAAACUUGGAAUAACAGUUUCAUUUUGCAAGCUGUAUAUUUUAGUAAACUCAGUCCAGGCACCUGCAGCUUGUAAAUGAUAAUUAUUUUUAGAACUAGGUAACCGGAUGGUGUACCAGCUCCUUCAUUAAACGAUGGCUUUAUAAUCA